AUGGGCUUGUUAGAGUGCUGUGCGAGAUGUCUCGUAGGGGCCCCCUUUGCUUCCCUCGUGGCCACUGGAUUGUGUUUCUUUGGGGUAGCACUGUUCUGUGGCUGUGGACAUGAAGCGCUCACUGGCACAGAAAAGCUAAUUGAGACCUAUUUCUCCAAAAACUACCAGGAUUAUGAGUAUCUCAUCAAUGUGAUCCAUGCUUUCCAGUAUGUCAUCUAUGGAACUGCCUCUUUCUUCUUCCUUUAUGGGGCCCUCCUGCUGGCUGAGGGCUUCUACACCACCGGCGCAGUCAGGCAGAUCUUUGGCGACUACAAGACCACCAUCUGCGGCAAGGGCCUGAGUGCAACGUUUGUGGGCAUCACCUAUGCCCUGACCAUUGUGUGGCUCCUGGUGUUUGCCUGCUCUGCUGUGCCUGUGUACAUUUACUUCAACACUUGGACCACUUGCCAGUCUAUUGCCUCCCCCAGCAAGACCUCUGCCAGUAUAGGCAGUCUCUGUGCUGAUGCCAGAAUGUAUGGCGUUCUCCCAUGGAAUGCUUUCCCUGGCAAGGUGUGUGGCUCCAACCUUCUGUCCAUCUGCAAAACAGCUGAGUUCCAAAUGACCUUCCACCUGUUUAUUGCUGCGUUUGUGGGGGCCGCAGCCACACUGGUUUCCCUGCUCACCUUCAUGAUUGCUGCCACUUACAACUUUGCCGUCCUGAAACUCAUGGGCCGAGGCACCAAGUUCUGAUAUCCUGUAGAAAUUUUCCUUUCUCUAAUAGCGAGGCUCUAACCACACAGCCUACAAUGCUGCGUCUCCCAUGUUAACUCUUUGCCUUUGCCACUGACUGGCCCUCUUCUUACUUGACGAGUGUAACAAGAAAGGAGAGUCUCGUGGUGAUAAAUGUCUCUCCAUGGACUCUCCCCUCCUACGUACCUCUUUUAGUCAUUCUGCUUCAUAGCUGGUUCCUGCUAGAAAUGGGAAAUGCUUAAGAUGGUGACUCCCCAACUGCAAGUCACAGAGAAAUGGAGGCUCUAAUUCAAUUUUCAAGCAUCUCCUGAGGACCAGGAAGUGUUUUCUUCUCAAAGGGCACUUCCACUGAUGGAAACAAAGUGGAAAGAAAGAUGCUCAGGUAGAGAAAAGGGAUGUACCUGCCCCCCUUGCCAUUUUGGGAGCCAAAUAUAUUCUCGUUGGUGUACAAAACCGAGAACUCAGUCCUGUCUCCCUAUUACCAUUGAAGAUAGAAGAAAAAAGAAUGCCAGCAAAACAAUAAGAGCAUUUGCCCAAAUCUACCUAUUGCAGCUGGGAGAAGGGGGUCAAAGCAAGGAUCUUUCGCCCAUAGAAAGAGAGCACUGACCCUGAUGGCAAUGGACUAUUUAAGCCGUAACUCAGCCAACCUUACUUAUAGCAUAAGGGACCUUAGUGUCUGUGGAGACAAAAGGGGGCACCUGGCCUUAUACCUCGUUAGAGAAGAGAAACAAGGUGUUGUCAGCAUUUUCUCACUCCCUUCUCCUUGAUAACAGCUACCAUGACAACCCUGUGGUUUCCAAGGAGCUGAGGAUAGAGAGAAACUAGCUCAUAUGAAAAAAGACUCGCCUAAGGAGCAGCAGUUGCUAGAGGCUAACGGUGUAAACUGAGCCAACCCUCUGGUAGACACAGGAUAGUUAACUCUUUGGAUAGCAUGUCUUCUUUCUGUUAAUUAGUUGUGUACUUCCGCCUCUGUCAUAUCUUCACAAUGGUGCUCUUUUCAUGGGGUAUUAUCCAUUCAGUCAUAGCAGGUGAUUUGAAGAUCUUGAUUUGUUUCAGAAUGAUGCACAUUUCACAUUUUUCAGUUUGUCUAUCGCUUGUUUGGGGUUGGACCAGAAAGGUCUGGAGAAUGAUUCUUUGAUUAUGAUUCUUUAACCAAUGAAAAUUGGACAUUAAACAACACAAAUGAUGUGUAAAA